CAGGGCGGAAGUUGUUUUUGUUUACAAUGUGUACAAGUUUCGCUUUAGCUGUGUAAUAGUGUAAACGCCUUGCUUAAAAAAAAUAAUAACAAUAAAAAAAAUGAAUCGAAAUUGAAAGAUUAAUCAUGUUCACACGGGCGUUCAGAGGGAGCUGAUUCUUGAAUGAAGUGCCUGUUAGCUGAACCGCUGGAGUGUAGACGGCAUUAUUCAUUAUAAUCCUUUAUUUUUUAGUUUAAAUGAGCGCGUGCCCGAGAACAGCCUGAGAAAGUCAUCAUGCCUUCGUAUGAAGAAUGGAAGAAAAGCAUCCACUUUUAUUACUGUGUCAAAUUCACGCUGAACGUCUAUUCCAUGCUGUUCUCGUUUGUGGGCCUGUGUGUGCUGUGUGUGGGUGUGUAUGCCGAGGUGGAGAGGCAGAGGCACCGCACCCUGGAGGGAGUGUUUCUGGCUCCUGCUGUGGUCCUCAUCCUGCUGGGGCUCGUCAUGUUCUCCGUGUCUGUGGUGGGAAUGCUGGGAUCUCUGCGUGACAACAAAACCCUGCUGCACAUGUUCCUGAGCGUACUCUCGGUUCUGCUGGCGCUCCAGAUUCUGGCCCUGAUCAUCGCUUUGCUGUUUGAGAAAACGACAUUCGGAUUGUUCCAGAACAACAUCCGGCAAGGCAUCAAGCACUACUACGACGACCUGGACUUCAAAAACAUCCUGGACUACGUGCAAGAGAAGUUCUCCUGCUGUGGAGGUGAUGAGUAUAAGGACUGGGAGGUGAAUCAGUACCAUUUCUGUAACGGCACCGGCCCGCUGGCCUGCGGAGUUCCUUACACCUGCUGCAUCCACAAAAAAGAGCCUGGCGAAGUAGUAAACACACUGUGUGGCUAUAAGACUCUUACCAAACAGCGUGAAGAUUUAGCUGAUAUUAUACACGUACGUGGAUGUAUUCAUGCUGUAAACCUGUGGAUGGGCGACAACAUCGGGGCCACGAUAGGAAUCUGCUGUGCCGUGGGCUUGCCUCAGUUUCUGGGCAUUCUGCUGAGCUGCAUGUUCUGGAACCUCCUGGUAGAGAUGAGCGAAUCUGUAGACAUGGUGGACUUCAAGAUCCUCAAGAAGGCAGGAUUCAACUACAGCGAGCUGGACUUGUCUGGCGCCGGCUGGUGCAUGUGCCUGCCCCGUGUUGGGGGCUACCUGCCUAUACCUUACACAGAACCAGAGCCGGAAGUGGAAGCCCUGACCCCUGAUCUGGAAUCUGACCCUGUGACCUUGGAGCAGAUGCAGGCUGAGAUAUCUCUGAGGAAUUCGAAACAAGAUCAGCCCGGAAUGGACGAGGUAGACAGUCGAGCGUAGACGUCGGAAAGAGAACCGAGGUGCAUCCAUUUCUGUCACCCGUUUUUUUAAUUUAAUUGCGAUUUUUAUUUAUUUUUUUCCGUUUGUAUACGAGGAACACUAGCACUUGUCUUGCACUGUCGAGUCUUGCACUACACACCGGGAUCAAAAAGAUUUUCCUCGAACCCCGUUAAUUAGAGACUGCAUAUUUUUCUUAAUAAGUGAUAUGAUUUUUUUUUAAAUUCCAUUUCUACAUUUUUACCUAAAGGGAUUUAUUUAAGAUUUGUUGGGUUUAGUGUGUUGUGUUUAUCAUGCCUUCUUUUUUAAGCAGGAAUCAUUUGACUGACAAACUGAAAAAAAGAAAUCAGAAUGUUCAGGGUGAAAUAGUUUUAUUUGCUUUUUACUUUUGCUGUGUAAAUGGACAUAUGUGUGUAGCUAUGUGGGGAAUCUAUUAAUAUUCUGGUAGCAGGUUUUGGUUUAAUACCAAACUCUUUUCCGUAUACCAAAUACCAGCAUCUGAUACCAGGUGAUUUUAGGUGUACAAUAAGCCGAAUUCUAGCGAUCAGGGGAUAGUUCAGGAUUAAGGAUAGGACUGAUCAGAACACAUACUGUGAACAUACCAAGAAGAGGAAAUACUGCAUCUUCCUACACUACAAAUCACCUGAUGAAACCUAAAACAGCACAAGGAGUUCAACGCUGCAGCAAACGCUAGCUAAGUGAAGUUAGGUGAGUGAAAAUUGAAUCAAAUUUCCCAUUCGAUUAGUUACUCGUUAGUAUCAGUAUCAGUUACGAAAACUACUCGUACUCUUUAUCGAAGCAUAUUCUUUUGUAAACGAGUAGCUAUAACCACAAUCACUCGGUUAGUAUACACUUAGUGGCAUGUCUGGUAGCUGUAUCUGAUAAAAUGGUUAGUUUUAUGGGGUGAACCUAAUAAACAGUCACACGUGUCUCAGUUUCAUUGGACACCGUUUACGUAAUCGUUCAUGUUAGUUAACUGUAUCGUUUUUUUUUGUUUCUUGCGACUCGAAUUCGUGAAUCGGAUGUGGCUCUGCGGUUCCUGUUUACAAUCCUGUGGGUUUAACACUAUGACACUAAUUCAGGACAACCCGAUGCCUUAGUCACUACAUUUUUUUCCCUUUCCAGUGAUACCUCAGGCUGUUUUGAAAUAGCCCUGACUAUUUCCAAGUGAUUUUUAAAAAGAAAAAAUUAAAAAGAAAAUCGUUUUGGAAUAAAAGAUCGGUACUUGAAACGCAAUGCUUAUAAUCAUGUUCAGAAUCUCUACUUUGUCGGUUAAAGUGCUGUAACAUCAAGUGCAUAUGUUUUUGUAAAUGAUUAAAAAAAAAUGAACUAAGAUUAAAACUGGCAUUUAAAAGUGCUUUAAAAAAAAUUUUAUAAAUAAUUUCUUUUUGACUUUCACGACAAAUUCAAUCAAUCACACAAAACAUUUGAUUAUAGACAAAUACUUUGUGUAAACAUGAAUUAAACUGCAUUGUAACAUUACAGAUAUUUUUUUUUUUUAAUUUGUGUGUUUGUAGCCAAAAAGAUGAAGAGUUUCACAUUUAUCCUAAAACAUGUUCAUGCAAACUAUAGCCCUAUUUGGAUGGGAUUUAUUUUACAUGCACGCGCUACUCAUUUAAUUAGUUUUUUUAUUCCUUUCCUUUACCAGUUAGACAUUACAGAACAAAUUACCUACUGUUUUUUAAAGCUGCUAUCAUGAAGACUCAUUUAUAAUUCUUUAAAUGCUUUUGGAACAAACUGGCCAAAGUAGGCACAAGUUAUGAACAGUGCUUGGACCCCUAUCAAUCGCUUCUGGCUGAUCUUGAUAUUGUUGACCAAAUUAACCAGCUGUUUCAUCUGUCAUUUUGUUGAUUGGACAAUCUAAUUAUACACACCAUAAUUUUAUGCAAAUUAAACAUGAUUUAUUUAAAAGUAAGCAACUGCAUCAACGUCAGUUCCUUCCUAAAAUAAUUUGACAUUCAACACUAAUGCAUAUUAAAAAUUUACCGCAUUUACCAUUCGCUGUAGGAUAACAAACUAAUCCCGCCUGAAUAGAGGCGCUCUUUUACAUUUAAUUCUGCUUAAUGUGGCAUAAAAGCGAGUAUAUGAAGUUUCCUUUCAGUCACCGGUCUAAUUUCAGACACUGAAAACGUCUCAGCUGAACAACCGGAAUUAAAUAAGCAGAGAAUUGUACAUGAGAUUUUGGCCUUUGUACUGUUCCUUUAAGCCUCUUCCUCACCGCUGGCCUUAUGAAAAACCCCAGCGGAGUCCUUGCCAAUAAAAUACGACUUGCAUUAA